UGUGUCACGCACGUCAAAAGCUCAAAAAAAAAUUACAAGAUGAAAACUACAUGCUGCAUGCAUGUGUUAUUGUUCAGCAAUUGUUGUUACAAAGUGUAUUGUAAAUGCCCAUUUACUUUUACAACUCAUAAGAGGAUUAAAUAUAUAACUUGAAUGUUAAAUAUAAUACUGGUAUAGUGCAUUACUUUCCUUCUGGACCUAGCCAUAUAGGUAGUUCUAAAAAUGGCAAGUGAAGAACAUAAAUUGCUUUCCCAGUACAUAAAAGACGUUCAUUUAUCAUUGCGCAAAUCAACUUUGAAAUUAGGAGCUGAUGCUGCAUGGCAGAAACAUUGCAGCAACGAAGAAGAGUUAUCAAAAUACGCACAAUGUAUGAAAAAACUUGCGACUACACACUGGGAAAAUAAUUGUAACAGUGAUUCAAGUGAGGCCACUUCACGAAUAACAUGGGUGGUUGAAUUCUGUACCGACUAUUUCAAUAACAGUACUCACAUGAAAUAUAGAGAAAAAGAGUUAAAUAUAUCAGAGAAGAUGGGUUUACAACUGGAUAUUGAAGAAUCAUUUUCUAAUCCUUUAAAGCUGCUAGAUGUUGGCAGCUGUUACAAUCCAUUCAGAAUAUACGACAAUUUUGAUGUAUUAGCUAUUGAUCUAUGCCCUGCUAACACUUCAGUAAUGCAAUGUGACUUUCUAAAUGUGAACAUAGGUCCUUGCAAUAUGACAGAUGGGUCAGUGGUAACUGAACUGCAGGAAAACUCAUUUGAUGUUGUUACAUUUUGCUUUGUCUUAGAAUACAUACCUUCUUCUGAGUUAAGAAUAUUAGCAUGUCAGAAUGCUUAUAAAUUGUUAAAACCUGGUGGACUUUUAAUAAUUAACACACCUGAUUCCAAACAUGUUGGGGCAAACAGCAAGAUCAUUAAAUGUUGGAGGUAUACCCUGGCUCAUAUUGGAUUUAAUAGGAUUAAGUAUGAAAAAUCAAAGUACAUGCACUGCAUGGCAUUUCGGAAGUCCUUGCAUAGAGAAAUAGCUAUGCGCUGGGCAUUACUGUACAAAGAACCUUAUAUGAAAUAUGCUAUGCACAUACCACAAGAUUUCACAGUUUCAGAUGAUUUGUUUACUGCACCCAUAGACAAAGAAACUUUGGUAGAUGACUUUCAGGAACUACCAUUUAGUGAUUUUUCAUGAAAAUAAAUAAAUAAAGCAUAAAAGUA